GCUAUCAGGAAGGCCAUUCUUAAGUAUUUAAGAAUUUAAAACAACGUAUACAGUGGUAUAAUUCCACAAGUGUUGAUAGGAUGAUAUGGUGAUACACACUCUUGUACAGUAGGUGGCGGUAUGCACCUUAAAGUUGUUUGCAAUCCGCCACAAACUGAGAGAAGAAGAGGAAGAAGAAGAAUAACUCACCGCGGUUGCUCUCAGUUGAGUGGUAAAAAUGGCGUCGAGGGCACCGGUAGCAACAGGCAGGCUCCUAAUGGGGAUCCGCAAAUGGUAUUACAGCAUGGCCGGCUUCAACAAGCUGGGUUUAAUGCGCGAUGACACGCUCUAUGAGGAUACGGAUGUGGUGGAGGCUCUGAGGAGGAUCCCAGAGAACCAGUACAACGACAGGGUGUUCAGGGUGAAGAGAGCGCUGGAUCUCUCCAUGAAGCAGCAGAUCCUCCCUAAAGAGCAGUGGACAAAGUUUGAAGAGGAUGUUCAAUAUCUGUCACCAUACCUGAAGGAGGUGGUCCAGGAGAGGAAAGAAAAGGAGGAAUGGAUGAAGAACUAAAUGGUUCUGAAGUCCUCGUCCUCAGUCUGUGCAUGAUUGUCCCCUGGUGUAGUAUUUAAAAUGAAAACUUUACCUAUAUAAAACAUUGCUCAUUAAAGAAAUUGUACAUUUUAGAA